CUCUGUACUGUGUUGUCUGUGCUGCUGAGUGAAGCUGGAGCCUCUCGGUCUGUUAUUGGCCGGCUGAGAGGGAGCGGAUCCAGAGGAGCUAGAGGGGGGCAGAGCAGCUGGAUCUGUCCUCCAAAGGGAGCUUAAAGUAAAGGGCUCCGGCGCCUGAAUCCUCCCUGAACUUCUCACAACUUCCCACCACUUUCCUCCGCGGUAGGAUUUCAGAAAGAAACGUCCCACCAUCUGAAAACAAGCGCUUCCUGCAAUCUUUACACGACAGACGCUGACCCCCUUUGACCUGAUUUCCGAGCUGAAACCAGUGCUGUCUCUCAGGAAGGUCACGCUUUAUCGAACUCAAAACAUAUUAUUAUUCUGGAGAGCUUAUCCUCCACCUUAUCACAGUGGGGAAUCGGCCGAGUCAAUGGCGUUGUGUCUUGGACAAGUCUUCAGCAAAGACAAAACAUUCAGGCCGAGGAAGCGCUUUGAACCGGGCACCCAGCGCUUUGAACUCUACAAGAAGGCCCAGGCCUCGCUCAAGUCCGGCUUGGACCUGAGGAAAGUGGUUCAGCUGCCGGAGGGCGAGAACAUCAACGACUGGAUCGCCGUUCACGUGGUGGAUUUUUUUAACAGGAUCAACUUGAUCUACGGCACGGUGAGCGAGUACUGCUCCGAGCGCACGUGUCCCAUCAUGUCCGGGGGGCUGAGGUACGAGUACAGGUGGCAGGACGGCGACGACUACAAGAAACCCACCAAGCUGCCCGCUCUCAAGUACAUGAACCUGCUGAUGGACUGGAUCGAGUCGCUCAUCAAUAACGAGCACAUCUUCCCCACCAGAGUAGGUGUACCUUUCCCCAAGAACUUCCAGCAGGUGUGCAAGAAGAUCCUGAGCCGCCUCUUCCGGGUGUUUGUGCACGUUUACAUCCAUCACUUUGACAGUAUCUGCAGCAUGGGUGCAGAGGCCCACAUCAAUACCUGCUACAAGCACUACUACUACUUCAUCUCGGAGUUCCACCUCAUCGAUCACUCGGAACUGGAGCCCCUGAAAGAGAUGACAGAGAAGAUUUGCAAUUAAACAAAACCACAUGGACAAAAGGAGUUUACAUUUUGACGUUAUCUGAGCCCCAUGAGAAGUCAUCGUCUUCAAAACACUCAAAACAAAGAACAAUACUACAUCAAGUUGUAUGAGUGGUUUUCUAAGCAUGACUGGGAAGGCCCGCUAACUUGCCACAUUUCUUCAGAUGGUCGCAGUGCCUUCACAGAGGUGUUUUACUUACAGUGAAGUGGUGCUUGGUGCCAUCAUUAUAGGACUUUGUGUUGGAUUAUAAUACAUCCUCCUGUACUUGUGCUUUUCCUUUCCUUCUGUGCAUGUAUGUUUGACCUUUUUAUAUACAGUGUAAAGUUGUUUUUUGUUGAAUGAAAGUUUAUAUUCUUGUAAAUGUUUUUUUUUUUUUUUACAGUUUGAACAUAAAAAUGCAGUCUAC